AUGAACGCCUUGAACAUCGCCCUUGUCAUCAGUGCCGUUGCGGCUAUGGGCAUGGCUGGCGGAUUGCUGGGUGGCUAUGGCUUCGGCGGUGGCUAUGGCGGAGGAUUCGGAGGAGGCUACGGCGGAGGAUUCGGAGGUGGCUACGGCGGAGGCCUCGGCGGCGUCGGCAUUGGCAGUAGCGUGGCUCUCUUGCACAGCGGCCCCCACUUCUCAAAGGUCGUCGCUGGACCAGCUUUCCUCGUGAAGACGGUGCACCACGUGAAUAAGCUGCAUGGUGGAGGAGCGGUCAUUGCACACUCGGGCUUGGGAGGAGGAUACGGGGGCGGAUACGGUGGCCUCGGCUAUGGCGGAUACGGGCUCGGCUACGGCUUCAAGGGAUGAAGAUGCAUAUGUCACAGUAA